CGUGCGCUUUUAUAAAUACAACUCGUAGAUACAUCUACCAUUCGAUUUUCAUCUGCCGAAUCGGUUGCGCUGCGGCUGCGCUCAAAAAACACACAAAACUCGUGCGCGGCGCUUCACAAAACAAAAAAAAAAAAGAAAGAAGAACUAAAAUAAAUAUAACACCAAAAAGCAGACAAAUCAAAUAAAUUUACUUACAAAACUAACUACAUAAACAGAAUUUCUCAAUUCUAAAUCCAACAACAAAACGAAAAACAUAAACUAAUUUUUUUUUAAGUUUUUUUUUUCAAUCACAAACCAUUGGAAACCUUUUUGGAAUACCUAAAAGCUUGAAAGCCAAAGAAGUGUGAAAAAUCAAGUGAACCCAAAACAAAAAGUGCUAUCAGAAUUCAAUUAUCUGACAAAUAAUUAAAAACAUAUUUAUUAACAAAGAAAAUAUAAAUCAAAAAACACAAACACACACACCACACCACACCAAAAAGCUACCAAAAAUUGUUUUUAAAAAAGCAACUAAAAAAUCCCUAAAAAAUAACAGUGCGAAAUUCAAAAUUGGAAUGCCGUCGCAACUGUUGAACGAAAUUUCACAACAAAAUAUCCAUUAAGAACGGUUGGCAACAAAACAAAAAAAAACUUUGGUAAAAUGCUUGCCGCACAUCAGCAGCACAACAACAGCACAGUGGAAACCGAAAUGGAGCGUCAGCGACGUGACUCUACAACAUCAGAGUCCUCACUGGAGCAUCUGGACUUGGGUCGUACGCCCAAGAAAUUGGGUGGUAAUGGUGUUACAACACAAACAACAUCAACGCCACGUGACUUGACGGCAGUGACGUCGCGCAAGCGCAAACUUCGACAACUGCAACAACAUCAGCAGCAGCAGCAGCAGCAACAGCAGCAGCAGCAGCAGCAACAGGAUUUGCUAACUGAUGAGGAUGAGGAGGAGGAGGCGAUGGAUGAGGAUGAUAUAGAUGAACAGCAGGUGGCUUCCAGAAAUAUGGGACGCCACAAGCAGCGACGCAGUGGCGCCACUACACAGGCCUCCAUUGUCGUUGAUUAUAGCAGCGGUGAUGCCAGUUCGUUGCGCAAAAAGUUCCGUCUCAAUCGCUCGGCUCCGAGUCUCUCGGAAUCGGGAUUUGUGGAUGCCAGUAGUACAACCGGUCAUAGUGGUUAUCUGGGUAAUAGUAGUACUGGCAGUACUACCAAUACAACUAUACCAGCCAGUGGUACCAUCGUUCCAUCAUCGUUGGGUGGCGAUAAUGGUGUUGUUGUGACAGCAGGAGCCUCAAAUAGCAGUAGCAGUAGUGGUAGCAGUAGCAGUGGUGGAUCCGGUGGUUCAUCACCGCAGGGAUUGUGCUUGUCAAGCGGUGAAUCUGGCAUCGGUGCCGGGGAUGAGCAUAUGAAAUACCUUUGCCCCAUCUGUGAAGUGGUAUCGGCCACGCCCCAUGAGUUCACCAACCAUAUCCGGUGCCACAAUUACGCCAACGGCGAUACGGAGAACUUCACCUGCCGCAUUUGCUCUAAGGUGCUAUCCUCGGCUUCAUCCCUGGACAGACACGUGCUGGUUCACACGGGCGAGCGGCCCUUUAACUGCCGCUACUGCCACCUGACCUUCACCACCAAUGGCAACAUGCACCGUCAUAUGCGCACCCACAAGCAGCAUCAAGUUGCGCAGUCGCAACAGCAGCAGCAGCAGCAACAGCAACAGUCACAGCAGCAGCAGCAGCAGCAGCGACGACAGCAGCAAAAUCAGCAGUCACAGCAGCAACAGAAUCCCGCCCAGCAGCAACAGCAAUUGGUGGCCAGCACAUUAUCCGGACGAGCAGAGAGUUAUGAGAGUGAUGGCAGCUGCUCAACGGAUGUGUCCAGUGGUCAUAGUCAUAGUCGCAGCAGUAGCUCCCUUAAUCACAACAACAAUAACUCGCACAAGGCUAACCAUAAUCUUAAGGAGGAGCUAGAUGAUCACGUUGAAGAUCAGCAGGAGUUGGAGAAUAAGCAGCGUCGCCUGAAGACCACCAUCAAUAACAACAUCAUUGAUAGUGAGCAUCAAGGGGAUAUCGAUGAUGAGGAGGCUGAUGAUACAGAUGUGGCCAUGCUAACUAGUACACCCGAUGUGGCCACCCUAUUGGCCGGAGCCAGUGCAUCUGGUGCUGCAUCGCGUUCACCAACACCAUCGCCAUCUGCCUCGCCUGCUUUGGUCCUCAAUUGCCCGGCCUGUGGUGCCUCCGAUUUUGAGACUUUACCCGCUUUAUGUGCCCAUUUGGAUGCCAGUCAUUCGGAUAUACCCGCCAAGUGUCGGGAUUGUGAGGUCAUCUUUGCCACUCAUCGUCAGCUGCAGUCGCAUUGCUGUCGCGGAUCGUCCAUCAUGGGUGUCGGUUUGCCACCUCUACUCGGUGCCAGCAGUUCACCAUUGCACAAUGAAGACGCCGAAGAUGAAGAGCACGAUCAUGAUGAGAAUCUCGAGCAGAAGGGAAGAAUACCAACUCAAAGCGAGGACUUCUUCCAUCAAUUGUAUUUGAAGCAAAAGACAUCCAGUGGUGCCAUCUCGCAUCCUCCGUCUCCUAUUAAACACGAGCCGGCGGAUAGCAAGGAUCUGGCCGAUAUCCAGAGCAUUCUGAACAUGACCAGUUCCAGUUCCAGUUUCCUGCGUAACUUUGAACAAUCCGUAAAUACACCCAGUUCGAGUCAGUACAGUUUGGAUGGUCGAGAUCAGGAGGAGGAAGCCCAAGAUGCAUUCACCUCGGAAUUCCGCAGGAUGAAGCUGCGCGGCGAGUUCCCUUGCAAGCUGUGCUCUGCCGUUUUUCCCAAUCUUCGUGCCUUGAAGGGUCACAAUAGAGUUCAUUUGGGUUCCGUAGGUCCAGCUGGACCCUUCCGUUGCAACAUGUGUCCCUAUGCCGUUUGCGAUAAGGCCGCCCUGGUGCGGCACAUGCGCACCCACAAUGGUGACCGUCCAUAUGAAUGCGCCGUUUGCAACUAUGCCUUCACCACCAAGGCGAACUGUGAACGUCAUCUGAGGAAUCGUCAUGGAAAGACCAGUCGCGAGGAAGUCAAGCGGGCCAUAGUCUAUCAUCCGGCGGAAGAUGCUGGCUGUGAGGAUAGCAAAUCACGUUUGGGUGAGGAUCUAGCCGAUAUGAGUUUCCGUUCGAUUAGUCCAACGCCACCGCCACCGCCGGUCAACGAGAGCAGCUCACAGCUGAAGCACAUGCUUUUGGGUGAGAAUCAUAUGGCUCCCGUUGCCCAGCCACCAUUGAAGAUUCAGGUGAAGAGUCUCGAUCAGUUGGUGGACAAGAAGCCAUCUGUACCAGCGCCUCAGCAGCAGCAGCAGCAGCAGCAGCAGCAGGAGAAGGGCGGAGCUGCUUUGGACUUUAGCAUGGAUGUCUUGGAUCUCAGCAAGAAGCCAACUGGUGGAGCUUUACUAACACCAUCAGUUACUCCAACUCCAACGCCGGCUACCGUGGCUCCGAUUGUUCCAGGAAUUGUUACCCCUGACUUGGCCGCCGCCAUGGAGGAGCAGCAAUUGCUAUUGGCUCAGCGACAACUGUUCGGCGGUGCCGGAGAUGCUGCCUCUCAGUAUGUGCAACAAUUAUUCCGCAGCCUGAUGUUCCAAUCGCAAACGCCGGGAUUUUCGUUCUUUCCAUUUAUGGCACCACCACCGCCACAAUCGAAUCCCGAGAAGCCACCACUGGUGAGUCCACCAAAUCGCUUGAAUGCUUUGCCCGUUGGUGUCGGUGUGCCAGUGCCUCCCGGCGGUCCCGUCAAGAUGGUCAUCAAGAAUGGUGUCCUAAUGCCCAAGCAGAAGCAACGUCGCUAUCGCACCGAACGUCCAUUUGCCUGUGAGCAUUGCUCGGCAAGAUUCACGCUGCGUUCGAAUAUGGAGCGACAUGUAAAGCAACAGCAUCCCCAGUUCUAUGCUCAACGUCAGAGAAGUGGCCACCAUGUGAUGAGGGGCAGAGGAGCAUCCAAUGCCGCCGCUGCUGCUGCCGCCGCUGCAGCUGCAGCUGCCAUGGGUCAAGUUCCAGUUGGUGGAUCAGGAUCCUUGGCCACAGGCUCUAAUCAUCAUCAUGGCCAUAGCCAUAGUUCCCAUGGACAUGCUCCAAUUUCGGAGCAGGUGAAAUAUGCCAUCCUGGCACAGCAAUUGAAAGCUCACAAGAACACCGAUCUCCUACAGCAGGCUUUGGCUCAUGGUUCUAGCAGUGUUGCUGGUAAUCCUCUCCUUCAAUUCGGCUAUCCACUUGCCACACCCAGUCCCCUGCACAAUGGCAGCCAGGGUAAUGGUCAGGCCAUGACCAUGGAUGAUGAUGAACCCAAGCUGGUCAUUGAUGAGGAUGAAAACGAGCAUGAUCGUGAGAUGGAAGCUGAGGAAGGUGAUGAUUUCGAAGAAGAUGAAGAUGAGGAGGAGCUGGAUGAGCCGGAAGAUGAGCCCGAGUUGAUUGCCGAUGAGCAGCCAGUCGAAGAGGAAGCAGAGGAAGAACAAGAUCUGCCCAAACCUCUGGAGCAAUUGGCCUUCGUUGCGGCAUCCAAUGAAGCGGCUCAGAAAAUGGCCGAAACUAUCUUGGAGCAGGCCAUUAAAGCGGGCAAGCCGUCGAGUCCAUCGCCCCAGGAGAAUGCCACGCCAGUUAAUCCAAGUGUAGCUACUACCAUGCAGGAACCAGCCACCACCUCUCCACCCAGUAAUCCAAGCAGUUUGAAAGCCAUGAUUGCCCAAGCCGAAUCCGUGGGUAAAUCCCUUAAAGAAGUUGCCAGUUCUCCGUUUAAAGAUGAAUCCCAAGAUCUGGUGCCAGUGGCCAAAUUGGUGGACAAUGCCACCAGCCAGAACAUGAGCUUCAAUAGCUAUUUCCGACCCAGCGAUGUGGCCAAUCACAUGGAACAGAGCGACGAAGAGGGUCUGGUGGCCUCCGGUAGUGCCAGCGAGAGUAACAAUAGUGGCACCGAGGACGUUACCAGCAGCAGUUCCGGCAGUGAGCCCAAAAAGAAGUCCGCUUAUAGCUUGGCACCCAAUCGUGUCUCCUGUCCAUACUGCCAGAGAAUGUUCCCAUGGAGCAGCUCGCUUCGCCGGCACAUCCUCACCCAUACUGGCCAGAAACCCUUCAAGUGCUCUCAUUGCCCAUUGCUGUUCACCACCAAAAGCAACUGCGAUCGUCAUCUGUUGCGCAAACAUGGCAAUGUGGAGUCCGCUAUGUCGGUUUAUGUGCCCACCGAGGAUGUUAGUGAACCGAUACCGGUACCCAAGUCCGUGGAGGAGAUCGAAUUGGAGGAGCAACGUCGUCGGCAGGAGGCAGAACGUGAAAAGGAACGAGAGCUGGAACGUGAAAGGGAGUUGGAACGCGAAAGGGAACUGGAGCGGGAGCGUGAGUUGGAGAAGGAGAAGGAGCGGGAACGUCAACAGCUCAUCCAAAAGUUGGCGGCCCAAAUGAAUGCCGCUGCCAAUGCCGCCGCAGCUGCUGCAGCUAGGGCGGGAAAUGGUAAUGUCACCGGGUCAAAUGGACCUAUCGUAGAUGCUUUGGCUGGCGGAGAUUUACCCUAUAAGUGCCAUCUAUGCGAGGGUUCCUUUGCCGAGCGUUUGCAAUGCUUGGAGCAUAUCAAGCAGGCGCAUGCCCAUGAGUUUGACUUACUCCUGGCCAAGGGAGCCAUUGAGAACGAGUCUCUCGAAGCUAAUCCUCAACAGCAGCCAUCACAGCAAUCAGUGCAUUCCGAUGAUGAGGCACCAAAUGGUGGAAGCAGGGGCAAAUAUCCAGACUAUAGCAAUCGCAAGGUGAUCUGUGCCUUUUGCGUACGUCGUUUUUGGUCCACCGAGGAUCUGCGUCGUCAUAUGCGAACCCAUUCGGGUGAAAGGCCAUUCCAGUGUGAUAUUUGCCUAAGAAAGUUCACCCUGAAGCACAGCAUGCUGAGGCACAUGAAAAAGCACAGUGGACGGGCUCAUAAUGGUGAUAAUCCAGGAUCCGAUUGCUCUGACGAUGAGCAGGUGAGCAGCCCGCCCAGCACACCACUACCUAGCCAACCACCGACCAGCGCCAAUAACAACAAUAGCUGUCACAACAACAACAAUACCAAUAACAAUAAUAAUAAUAACAACAAUAACAGUGGCUCCAAGUUGGGAUUGAAGCUGCCCAAGCUUCAUGAGCUACUGGAUAAGGCAAGUGAAUGGCGUGCCAGCCGACUGGGUGAGCACAAGGAGAACAUGGGCGAGGCCACACCAUCGGGAGCAGCUGUAGCUGGAUCAGAUUUGAUUGGCAAUCUGUUAGGUAUCAGUGAUCAGGGAAUUCUCAAUAAGCUUCUGUCCUCCGCCGAUGAGGCGGCCAAACUUCUUGGUGUGGACAACAAGUAAAAAUCGAUGGAUGGAUGGAUAUAUGGAUAUCAACCAAAAGCCAUAAAUUCUGGAGUAGCAGCAGUUUUACACCGCCUUACACACACACAUAUACCAAAGCUUAAAUAGUUUUCAUUAAUGGUAGUUUACUUUAAACAAAAAACAAGGAGAAAUACUUAAAUUUAAAACAGGGAUGCGCCUUAAAGCUUAAUUCUAUUUUCAAAAAAAAACAAAAAACAAAGCCACAGGCUUAAACCAAAAAAAAAAAGGAGCUAAGGCUGGACUUCCCUGUUUUAUAGACCAUUUCCAACACUUAUACAUACAUACAUACAUACAUACAUAUAUUUAACAUUUUUUUUGGAGACCUCUUUUUUUUGCCAACCCUUAUUUUAAGCGGUCCAACCAACAAACCACAAGCUAAUCAAAAUCUUUGGAGACAAAUAUUAUUAUUUUUUUUUUUUACCAUUUUUUUUUCCUAGCCUAUAGUGAUUUAUUUUUACGAUUAACUUUAAGUAGCAGCAAUGACAAAAUGAAAAAUAAUAAACAAAACGAGAAAAACGAAAAAAACAACGAACAUUUUAGCAUGACAAACAAGAAAAAGACUUCAAAACAACACACUCAAAAGACAAAAAUACACUAUAAAAAAAAAAAGUAAAAAUUAAAUCUAUUAAUUAUAAAUGUACAUUGAAAGAGGCCUUGAGAACCGCAGUGUGGCUUAAAUUUAGUUAUCUAAGGACGGAAGGCAGACAAAGUUCUGAUGCUUGAAACUAAGUAUAGUCAAGAUUUAGAUUUGAUAAGACUAGUUUUUAGAGAUAUUUUUUUCGUAGGAUCUUAUUUAAACAAAACUCAUUCAUUGCUGUAGCCUAAAAAGCAAAUAAAUGCAUAUAAAAAACAUCUUAAAUAAUAUAUAAAUAUAUAUAUAUAGCUAUUUAAAUAUACGAAAAGCAUGAUUCUUAUAUAAUUAAAUUAGUGGACUUCUUACAGCAAUAACCAAAGCAUUUCGCGUUUGUAGCGUUGUUUAAGCUAAACGAAAUUAAAUUUACCCAAACGCAUGCCUAUAUAUAAAUAUAUUUAUAUAAAGCACACACAACUACAUUAUAUAAAAGAUAUAUAUAUACAUACAUAUAUAUGGUUCUAUUUAAUGUGGAUGCAGCAGCAACAAACUACUGAACAAAUUAAACUAUGUACUUAGCAAUUAUGAAUGUACUUAAACAAAAAAAAAACUGUAAAAGUGUACUUGAUUGUAAACUCAGAAAGACACACGCAACGAGAAUGGAUUACAAAUUGAAUUCAAAUAAAAUAACGAUGAAAGAACAAAUAA